AUGGCCGAGUCCCCCUUCGACAUCCCUUUUGAUAAGCUUCCCAACCCGAGGCAAGUGUGGCUGGGAAAGCCUGGGAGUUAUGAAGAGGGUCUCGGAAAGCUGGCCAUUCUUACCCCUGAAGUCGUCGCUAAGGCAGCAGCUGGCGAGAUCAAAUGUGGUCGCCGUGUGACUAUGGGAUGGGAGCUAACGAAGCUGGAUUAUCCCAAUCUCAACCGUCAGCCAUGUCAUCACAAAAUUGUGCCUCUUCUCGGGGGUGUCGCAUUUGACGAUGUGUACACCAUGAACCCACAGCAAAGUAGCCAGUGGGAUGGCCUUCGCCAUUUUUCCCAAACAGUCCCCGGUCAAUCUGAGCGUGUGUUCUAUGGCGGAACAACCGUUGAAGAGAUUAAUGACCGCCAAAAUGACCGAAUCGGUCUCCAGCACUGGGCUCGAGAGGGAAUCGCAGGACGCGGAGUCUUAAUUGACUAUGCAACGUGGGCCGAGAAAAAAGGGAUCAAGUAUACCACGUUCUCGACUCAUCAAGUCCGCUUUGCCGACAUUCUUGAGAUUGCAAAGGAAAACAAUAUGACCUUCCAAAAGGGGGACAUCCUUUUCGUCCGAGUUGGAGUAACCAAGGAGUGGGACACAUCCAUGACAAACGAGCAAAAAUCGGCAUAUUCCGACAACGCUAGUCCGGAGCAUGCUGGAGUCGAGGCGACUACUGAAGUCCUUCGCUGGCUUUGGGACACCGGCUUCGCCGCUAUCGCCAGUGACGCAAUUAGCUGGGAGGUUUAUCCGCCUCAAUCCCCUGACAUCUUCCUGCACGAGUAUGUUUUGGCUGGAUGGGGUAUGCCGAUCGGCGAGCUUUUCGAUCUCGAGGCACUGGCCCGCACCUGCCAAGAACUCCAGCGGUGGAGCUUCUUUGUGACAUCUGUGCCAUUGAACAUGCCUGGCGGAGUUUCAUCGCCUCCGAACAUGAUGGCGAUCUUUUAG